AGAAGGAACAAAUAAAAAGUGGACGUGCCAAAAGUAAAAUCCCUCAAUUUUGUUUCCUACUUUUUACUCCCUCCCGCGUUUCUCUCUCCUCUCUCUUUUUUCCUUUGGGUUGGAGGGGUGGUUGUUAAGGUGUUGGGAGCAAAUGAUUUCAAAGCUUCCACAUGCUAUGGCUUCCCUUCCUUGUACUAGGGUGAGGGGUGGGGUUAGUUUAUGGGCUGGAGCGAGGCAAAUUUGCCUAAGGAAAGGUCUAUUGUAUGGAUUGAUGCGCUGCUUGUCUAUUCCACUCAAGACCUUGCAUGUAGCUGGUCAGUCUCUUGGAGUUACGCGAUUGCUAUGUAACGUUUCGUGUAUUUCUGCUGCUCUGCAGAUUGAAUUGGUUCCAUGUCUUAGGGAUAAUUAUGCUUAUCUCAUACAUGAUGAAAACACCGGAACUGUUGGCGUUGUUGACCCUUCUGAAGCUGUACCUAUCAUUGAUGCAUUGACUAAGAAGAAUCGAAACCUAAAUUACAUACUGAAUACUCAUCAUCACUUUGAUCACACUGGUGGGAACAUUGAGCUGAAAGAAAGGUACGGUGCAAAGGUGAUUGGCUCAGGAAAAGACAGAGAGAGAAUUCCUGGGAUUGAUAUUGUGUUAGACGAUGGUGAUAAAUGGAUGUUUGCAGGCCAUGAAGUUCAAGUUUUUGAAACACCUGGCCAUACAAAUGGACAUAUCAGCUUUUAUUUUCCUGAAUCUGGAGCGAUCUUCACUGGAGAUACCCUGUUCAGCUUAUCUUGUGGGAAGCUUUUUGAAGGAACACCUGAAGAGAUGUUAGCUUCUCUGGAAAAGAUUAUGUCAUUGCCAGAUGACACAAGUAUAUAUUGUGGGCAUGAGUAUACCUUGAGUAAUUCAAAGUUUGCGUUGUCUAUAGAACCAAAUAAUGAAGCCCUUCAAUCUUAUGCUUCACGUGUGGCCCAGUUGCGCAACAAAGGAUUGCCGACGAUACCCACAACACUAAAAUUAGAGAAGUCCUGUAAUCCUUUCCUUCGUACUUCCAGUUCUGAGAUCAGGCGUUCAUUGAACAUUCCAGCCACUGGAGAUGAUGCUGAAGCAUUGCGUGUCAUCCGCCAAGCAAAGGAUAAUUUUUAGCAUAUCAUGCGAUCGUAGAUAUAUUUGUGUACCGAGUCUCAGCUUUCAAUUUCAAUGUUCGGGUUCAUGUUACUAUAAUGUAAUAAUUGUAUUUUGGUUCCGCAAAAAAAUCCAUCACGUGGUGAUAUUUCUGUAGUUAAUUUCUUGGACGAUAGGUGUGAUCAUCCUCUUCAAGAUUUUGCUUCUCCAUCAUCGUUAUUCCAUCCGUUCAUCAAUGAUUUGGUUGACAUUAUCUUGUUACCUCUUUUGAGAUGAUUAGGAUGACAUUAUCUUGUAACCAUUUCUUUUGAUUUAAUUUAAAGGAAAAAAUGUCAAUACACGA